GUAAAGCGACUCCAACAAAACCGCGCGUGGUUGAAAUCCUUAAACAGAAGCGCGUCGCCUUCCAUUCGGCUGCAUCCGAUAAACACGCAACGUAGGUGGUGGAUCAGUAACAUUAGUUACACGACAACCUCAACGACGAAAGAGGCAAGUUGCGACGAUCCACCUAAGUGAUCAUAUGCAACGUUAUUUGUAGUUGCUGUACAGAAGUGCGGGUCGCUUUCAUUAGCGUGGUAGCUAGCACAGUGCUAACUUUAUGCUAUUUAGCGUGAUUACCCUCGACGAAUGUUGGUUCUCAAAUACGCCAGCAUCACAUGCUGGUUCUUGCCCGGAUCAAGAGUAAUACUGUUCUGUGGAAAUAGUCAAAGUGGAGGAUUAGCAGUGAUGGUUGCGGGGAGGCAUGCUCCCGAUUUAAAAUCUCAAUGCGUUCGUACCAAAGUCAAAUUUGGCACGCUCGAAAAUGGCCAAUAAAAUUCUUGAAUCAUGCACUCUACCAGAUGAUAACGCGUAAUCACGUUUGCUAAAACAGGUCCGAUCUACAUGAAAUGCGGUUAUGUGUGUAUUGGGUCGCUUUAAAUUCACGUUGUAAACAAAACAAGUCGAAGUUGACGACUAUUGCGUGUUUUUGGAUAUGGCCGUCGUUGAGAAAGAAAAACAAAGAUGUGGAGUUAUCUUUAUUGCUAAGAUCUUGGGUUGUAUAAUGGCGGUCAGUACACGUGGCAAUCCAGCAGACCCAACAACAACCCCCAGCUUCCGGUGGGAAAAUGUCUGCAACGACCACAGCAGCAAAGUACGUGAAAGAAAAGGACCGCAGUUGUCGACGACUGGAACAUCUUUGGCUGCAGCCUUAUGUUGUGUUGCGCAGAGCAGACAUCAGUGAAGCUAUUCGUCCUAAGCAGGAGGAGCCGGACCGCACACGCAUUAAAGAGGAAGAUGUGGGCAAAGAGGUCCACCACUUCAAUGAACAAAUGGAGCAGAAGUUUCUUUUCACUAUAAGAGAGGAGGAAGAGCCGGAGCGGCUUUGUCAGAAAGAGGACGGAGAGGACUCCGGCGACAUCAAAAAGGAGGAGGAAGAUACCUGCGAGAUGCCAUUGACUGGUGUACUUGUGAAGCGUUUAGAUGAGGCUCAACGUGAGGUGAGCAAAGGGGCGGAGCCUCCAAGCUGCAGCUCAAGUCCACAUAUGACCAGAGAUGGUGAUGGAGACCGCUGUGGGGGAUCACAAGCAGCUUCACCAUCAGAUAGUGAUGAUGUGUUUUCACAUGUUCCUGCUGCUGAUGAUGAUGACUCUCAAAACAAACACAGACAAUGUUCUCACUGUGGAAUUUGUUUUGCUCAUACCAGUAGUUUGAAACAACACACGAGAAUGCACACAAGAAAGAAAAACUUUUCCUGUUCAGAUUGUGGCCAAAAGUUCUCUCAGAGGAGACAUUUAAAUACGCACACAUUAACCCACACUGGCGAGAAACCUUUUUCAUGCUCAGUUUGUGGGCAAAUAUUCUCUCAAAGGGGAAGUUUAAAUACGCACACAAGAAUCCACACUGGCGAGAAACCUUUUUCAUGCUCAGUUUGUGGCCAAAAGUUCUCUCAGAGAGGCAAUUUAAAUUCGCACACAUUAACCCACACUGGCGAGAAACCUUUCUCCUGUUCAGAUUGUGGCCAAAAGUUCUCUCAGAGGGGACAUUUAAAUAUGCACACAAGAAUCCACACUGGCGAGAAACCUUUUUCAUGCUCAGUUUGUGGCAAAAAAUUCCACACAAAGGGGAAUUUAAAUAGGCACACCAGAACCCACACUGGCGAGAAACCUUUUUCAUGCUCAGUUUGUGGGCAAAAAUUCCUCACGAGGGAGGUUUUAAAUAGGCACACAAGAAUCCACACUGGCGAGAAACCUUUUUCAUGCUCAGUUUGUGGGCAAAAAUUCCUCACGAGGGAGGUUUUAAAUAGGCACACAAGAAUCCACACUGGCGAGAAACCUUUUUCAUGCUCAGUUUGUGGCCAAAAAUUCUCUGAGAGGGGAAAUUUAAAAAAGCACACAAGAAUCCACACUGGUGAGAAACCUUUCCCGUGCUCAGUUUGUGGCCAAAAGUUCUCUCAGAGGGGAAGUUUAAACACGCACACAUUAACCCACACUGGGGAGAAACCUUUUUCAUGCUCAGUCUGUGGCCAAAUAUUCUCUCAGAGGGGAAGUUUAAAUACGCACACAAGAAUCCACACUGGUGAGAAACCUUUUUCAUGCUCAGUUUGUGGCCAAAAAUUCCUCAGUCGGGGGAAUUUAAACACGCACACAUUAACCCACACUGGCGAGAAACCUUUUUCAUGCUCAGUUUGUGGCAAAAAAUUCUCUCAGAGGGGAAGUUUAAAUAUGCACACAAGAAUCCACACUGGUGAGAAACCUUUUUCAUGCUCAGUUUGUGGCCAAAAAUUCCUCAGCAGGGGGCAUUUAAAUACGCACACAAGAACCCACACUGGCGAAAAACCUUUUUCAUGCUCAGUUUGUGGGCAAAAGUUCUCUCAGCGGGGAGGUUUAGAUGUGCACACAAGAAUCCACACUGGUGAGAAACCUUUUUCAUGCUCAGUUUGUGGCCAAAGGUUCUCUCGGAGGGCCAAUUUAAAUACGCACACAUUAACCCACACUGCCGAGAACCCUGGUGAGAAACCUUUUUAAUGCUCAGUUCGGCCAAACAGUCUCUCAGGGUAAGCUCAAUCAGGCACACAGGAGCCCACACUGGAGAGAAACCUGUUGCCUGCUCAGUCAGUUGCCAAAGAGUCUCUGUUAAGAAUUCUGAGUGUUUUGGAGGGAUGAGCAAUGAUCCAUGAAGUUCUCACCUUCUCUUUGAGCAGACUUUAUGAGUUAAUGCAUCAAUGAUAGUUCUAUUCUACGAUGCACCUUUUGAUUGAGAUGCUGAACUCCUUUAAGUUCAAUUCAUUUUAGUUUUACCUAUGAAUUUGAAAAUAAAAUUAACUGGCCUCGGAAUGAUAAUAGUUUUGUAUUUCAUGAUACUUGAAGCUUGUUUUGUUUUUAGUUGUGUGUUCAUAUUUAGGGCAAGUUGCUUGGUUCUUAUUAGUGUUGGUUCAAGAUUUUGUUUUGUUCAGCUUUUCAUGUUCAUGCCUGGAAAGCGGACUUUAAACCGAUGAUGAUGUGGAUAAAGAAAAAUGAAAUACUGCUGGAUAUCCCCCAUUUUUCUUCAACUGCUUUUUUUGUUACUUUACCUUACUAAUAACAUGUUAAAAUGUACUUGAGAUGUAUUAAGACAUUUCAUUAAAGAGUUGUUUACUUCACAGUA